AUGGGGAAGUGUCAGUCCAAGCGCGGCGAGCGAGGCCACUCACCGGCCCCCCGCGGCCCCCCGCGCCCCGGCCGCGCCGCCGCGCCCCAGAGAGAGAGCCCCGAAGCUCGCGCGGCCGCAGGGGACAGCUUCGCGGUGUCCGCGUACGCGAGUCGCCACAAAGGCACGGAGGAGGCAGAGCGGCGCGUCGGCGGCAAGCAGGAGCUGCUCAGCGGGGACCUGCAGGAGGGACCUUUCUGGGAGGACCAGUGUCCCCUAGAGGUGGCAGUCACCCCUGAGAAAGCCGAGGGCCGAGGCAGCACAGGACAGCUCUUUGGCGUGCUUGAUGGAGAGAAAGCAGCAAGCCGCGAGGGCCCACGAGGGCUGGGCAAGAGGCGCCUGAACAUCGAUGCGCUCCAGUGCGACGUCUCGGUGAAGGAGAACAACCAUCAGGAGUGGACGUUCACAUUCUAUGGUUUCGACAACAAUGGCAUAGCCACCAGGGAGGACGUGUCCAGCCUGAUGCGCACCAUCUGUGAGGCCGUCGACGCCUCCGUCAGCCACUCCUCUGGCAGCAGCAGGACCCUCCGUGUGAAACUGACCGUCAGCCCCGAGUCCUCCAGCAAGAGAAAGGAGAGUCCUCCCCCAGGCCAAGACCGGGAGCCCACUCACUGCAGGACGGAGGGCGAGCUCAGCGAGGACCCCCGGGGGGCCGACAAGAGGCUGUCGGCACAUGUCAGGAGGCCGGGCGCCGACCCCCACCCCUGCUGUGCACGGGGCCCGUGCCGCGUGGACGAGAACACGGAGCGGAGGAACCACUACCUGGACCUGGCCGGAAUCGAGAACUACACGUCUAAGUUCGGGCCUGGGUCCCCGCCGGCACCAGCCAAGCAGGAGCAUCAGGGCAAGGCCAUGCACCCCCAGAGCAGGUCCCACUCGCAGGAGGCGGACGCACACGACGCGCACCACCGCAGGUCUCAGCCGCCGGCCGACCAGCCCCCGCCGGCUGCAGACCCCGCCAGGGCCCUGGACGCGCAGCCCCGCCUGAAGGGGCAGGACAAGCAGCCUCUGAGGUCCCCCAAGGGCUCAGGGAGGCCACCUGGCGCGCCCGGCGGAGGCAAGUCCGGGAGAGCCUUCGGCUCCCACCUGCCGGCGGCCCCGGCCCCCGCCCCCCAGGACGGCCAGCCCCCCCCCCAGCCCCCGCCGCAGCCCUACGGCCAUAAGCGCUACCGGCAGAGGGGCAGGGAGGGCCACUCGCCCCCCAAGGCGGUGCUGGAGCACGAGGGGGUGCGGGGCCCGCCACCCCCGCUGGUGGGGGAGGGCUGUGCGGUGCCCGCGGUCCAGCGCCACGAGCACCACCACCACCACGAGCACCACCACCACCACCACCACCACCACCCAUCCUAGUGCCAACCGCGCGCACCGGCCCCGGCGUGGGCUCCGCGGAGGUGGCGCCAUGGACCUGGUGGGGAGGGCCUCCUUGGCCCCCGCCUCCCCGCGCCGUGCUGCCCACAGAGGCCGUGUCCGCACGGACAUGUGGGACGCCACUGGCGUCUCAGCUUUGAAGCUACUCCGCGUGCCCCGUAGACACCCUCUGCGGGUGGAGAACCACAGCCGGUAUCUGCUCUUGUUUGUGAUUCCAGACAAGGCCCCUGUGGUGCUGGAGGGGCUCCACUCGGACGCCACACGUCCGGUGUGGGCUCCCUGUUACGUGGCCCUUCCUGUAAUCUGUUCACGAGGAAGUCCAAAGGGGGCAGCGGCAGGGGGGUGGCCGCACAGGACGGGG